AUGCGAGUCUAUGCUUGGGGAUGUGGGGCUUGUUUAGGUUGCGGUUCUUCAGAGGCCACUGCUUUGAGACCCAAGCUAAUUGAAGAACUGGCUGCCACUCGAAUAGUUGACAUUUCUAUUGGAGACAGUCAUUGUUUAGCUCUUUCUCAUGAUAAUGAAGUUUGUGCCUGGGGCAAUAACUCAAUUGGACAGUGUGGCCAAGGAAAUUCCACAGGUCCUAUCACUAAACCAAAGAAAGUGAGUGGCUUAGAUGGCAUAGCUAUUCAGCAGAUUUCAGCUGGAACAUCACAUAGUCUGGCAUGGACUGCUCUCUCUCGGGACAGACAAGUUGUUGCAUGGCACCGACCUUACUGUGUAGAUCUUGAAGAGAGUACCAUCUCGCACCUGCGCUCCUUUCUUGAGAGAUACUGUGAUAAAAUAAACAGCGAGAUUCUCCCCUGCCUUUCCCAUCAUCAAGGGAACAUCAGUUUUCUCAAGCUAUGCCUGAAGCUUCUUUCAAAUCACCUUGCUCUUGCACUGGCAGGAGGGGUAGCCACCAGCAUUCUUGGGAGGCAGGCGGGGCCACUUCAAAAUCUGCUCUUCAGGCUGAUGGACUCAACUGUUCCUGAUGAAAUCCAAGAGAUAAAAGAAUAGGGCUUGUAAGUCUGUAACUCAGACCACACAUGUGGUAUAUUUAGCUGUAUAUGGAGCAAGUUCAUUGCAUAUGCUUUCUCUUAUCUUGGUAGGUAAAUAUUUUGGAUAACUCAUCUUUUAAGAUAGAGGCCAUCUCUGAGAAAUCUUUCAGUCCUUGCUUCUCACCAGUUUAGAUUUCUCUCAUGUGUGUUCUAAUUGUGUCAUACUGUAUUACAGUUUCAAACAUUUCAUUUACAAACAUGUUCAUCUUUUUCACCACAAGAUGAAUUUCUGAGGGGAAGGACCCAGUUUUACUUAUUUUUGUAUCUGAGUAAGUGGGUAAUCUCCUACCAGGACCCUACUCAGAAAUGGGAGUAGAAUUCACCAGAGAAGCCAUUUGAUCUUGGAUUUUUCUAUCUGGCAUUUAUCAUUAUCUUGAUCAUGAUCAUCAUCAUGGUCAUCAUGAAUUUAGUGUCUUAUUCAUUAUAGGUCCAUUCAGAUUUUCUGUUUCAUCUUGAGUCAGUUUGGCAUUUCAGUAUAUGCAGAUAGAAGAUACAAAUAGGCUUGGGGAGGAACAAGUGACGAGAUCAGUGAGUAUAAAUGAAUAGAUAUUGUUUGAAAAAGUUUUUUUUGUAUUGUAAUACAAUUCUAGUUUUUGUAGUAUAUGAAGUCUCCUUGCAGUGCAACCCUAAAGACAAAAAAAAUCUAAGUUAAAAGAUGAACAAAGAAUGUUAGCAGACAUAUCUUCAGAAAAGAUAUUACAAAUAAGCACCUGAAGAAGUACUCUUUAUUACUCACCAGUGAAACACAAAUGAAAGCCACAGUGUGAUACUUCUUCACAUCCAUUAAAUAGCCAGAAUCAGGAAAGACUGACAACAGCAUGUGUUUAAGGUGGGGGAGGAAUUAGAGUGCUCAUACCUUCAGAUGGGAAUUUAAAAGGAUGCCACUGCUAUCCAGUUCCUUAAAUAUAGUUACCAUAUGACUCAUAUGAUCUGUACCCAAGAGAAUUGAAAACAUAUGUCUCUGUAAAAGUUGGUGUGGAAAUACUGUAGAGGUGUUAUUCAUAGCAGCCAAAGAGUAGGGACAGCUGAGCGUGGUGGCCUCUGCCUGAACAACUUGAUGAGACUGUAUCAAAACAAAAAAAGAACUGGUGAAGAAGCUCAGUGGAAUACUUGCCUAGAAGGUGUGAGAUCCUAUGUUCAACUGAUAACCUUUAGCAUUGAGGAAAAAAAGGAAUGAUACAAAUGUGUGCUGGCUGCUAAGCCAAGUGUAGUGUAUUUAUAUAAUGUAACAUUACUGAAAUGUUACAUUUCUAUAAAAAGAAAUGGAGUAUUGACUGACCCUUAAGAACAUUAUGUAAGUGAAGGAAACUGAUGCAGAAGGCUUCAUAUUUUUAACUCCUCAAAGUUUAAAAUUUGUGGAGAUAGCAAAUGUGUAGAGAAAGGAAAUAGAUUAGUAGUUGUCAGAGACUUGGGAAGAAUAGAGAAUGACUGUGAAGGGGCACAGUUUGCUUUUGGGAUGAUGAAAAUGUUCCGAAUUAUGAGUAACUCUAUAAAUGUGGUUAAAAAAAAACACUGAAUUUUGUACUGUCAGAAGGUGAAUUUUAUGGCACAUAGAUUAUAUGUCAGUUUUUUAAAUAAAGGAAUAAUACAAUAGUGAUUUUUCUACUAGAACAUAUCCUCUUGGAUCAGGAAGAGAGUAACAUUGGGGUUGGGGUGAAAAGGAACUGUAACAAUUUAGUAUUUAUCAGAAAUGGGAUAGUAUGAGUUUAACAUAACAAACAGCAAACUAAAAAUAAUCUUUUUUUGUUUUCCAUUUCCCCCUUCUUC